AAAACAAAAAACUUCAUCCGCGAUCUCCAGGCUCGCGAGUCGUGAACUCUCUAACUUACGAAAAUUAGUUUUUCGAGUUCACCAUACGUCAGGCUCUAGAAUCGUUCCACGAUGUUGAGAAGAGUCCUCACGAGCUCAAUAAAUGGUAUCGUCAAAAACAGUAGACAGUUCAGCGCCGCCUACGACGCCGAUCCGAAGACAACAGUGUCUUUUCUGCAGAGAGAUAACCGUGAAGUACUGCUGGUUGCGAGCUACACAGACUACGGCUUCCGACUGACCAACGAUGGUUUCGUCUUGGGGCCCAUAAUCCUGUUUCCACGCUCAGUGCUCCAUUGGAACGUCGCUGGUGUGCAAGACAUCACUCCGGAGUCGUUAAUUUUAUUCUCCAAACUAGAACCCAAGCUCGAUGUGGUCGUCAUAGGAUACGGUGAGACGAGGAUGAGCAAUCGAGGGGCUGCGAUGAUAUCACCCGAAGUUCGGAAGUUUUUCAUUAAGAAUAGAAUCGGCAUGGAGUUCGUGUCUACCGGAGAUGCCAUAGCAACUUUCAACUAUCUGAAUGGCGAUGGACGACUGGCGGGAGGCGCGUUCUUACCGCUAUCGAGCGUGCGGAAAGACACAGAAGACUACGCUAGGCUCGAGGCCAAGAGAAAGAAAUUCUUAACGGACUGA